ACGUCACUCUGUCAAACAACUCCAAACCGCUGACAACCAUACAUACAUUCUCUGGUGAAGAUCAUAGGAUUGUAAGGAAAGUAAAGAUGAAGGUUGUGCUGUUUUUUGUCUGCUCGUGGCUUGCCCUGAGUUGGACAGAGGCUGCGACCAAUGUAACUGCUGCGGAGAGGGAAGAAAUAUUGAGGCACCACAACUUUCUUCGCAGGACUACAACUCCAACUCCGGCAAACAUGCUCCCACUGGUUUGGAAUGACGAGUUAGCAGACCAGGCUCAGGAGUGGGCGCUAAAUUGUACAAUCGAGAGGGGCUUUCCCGCACGUCCCAACGUAACAUUUUCAUCCGUAGGACAAAAUAUUUGGCUCAGUUCCUUGCAACGCAUCAACUUGACCGAAGUGAUCCAGAGCUGGUACGACGAGAUAGACUUUUACAACUGGGAGCAGACCAGGUGUUAUCCGCCACCUGGCUGGAUGUGCACGCAUUACACCCAGGUUGUUUCGGCCAGAGCAACUGAUGUCGGGUGCGGAUACUACCAUUGCCCCAACGGACAUGCUGUCGUAGUGUGCAACUAUGGUCCUAAAGGAUACAUCCCACCGUACCUAGAGGGCCCUCCCUGCUCCCAGUGCCCCAGCAAGGAGGGGUGGUGUGACGGGGGACUGUGUGAUUGUACCAACACAGAUGUGUCUUAA